GCGGACCAAUGGCGUCCGCCCUUGUCCUCGGCCACGCCUCCUCCCCAGGCGUGGGCGCGUGACCGCUCCAUCCCGCCGAUGCGCGCUCCGGGAUCCCCGCCCCCUCCGCGUGCGCAGCUCCCCGCUGCCGCCGCCGCCGCCAGUAACCUGCGCCGCCAGGAUGUGGCUGGGGGCUGACGUCGGGUCCAGAUGUGGCCCCGGCCCCGCCCACCCCCGGGGCCGGGCCGCCCACACCGAGCCGCGGCGCGCGCGGUGGCUGUCCCGCCUGCCACAAUGCGCGGCGAGGCUGCGGCCGCGACUUGGCGCGGUCGUCCCUAACGUCGCCACUCAGCAUCCUUAGGACAGGCCUCCCCUGACGCCCCGCGGGGACCCCACUCGCCCGCGCCCCCCAUGCGCUCACUCUUCGGUGCCCAGCCAGGCGGGCGCCUCGCAGACGCGGAGCCGCGCGGGUGACGGCAGAGGCGGCUGCGCGCCCAGCCCAGCCCGCGGAGAGGGCGCGCCGCGCCCCCGCCCCCCGCCAGCUCUCCGGAGGCCGUGGGUGCGGAUGCGCCGCUGACGACUCGCAGCGACCAGCAGUGCCGCCCGCCCGCCGGCCGGAGCCCGCAGCAUGGCAGCCGCCGCCUAUGUGGACCACUUCGCCGCCGAGUGCCUCGUGUCCAUGUCGAGCCGCGCGGUCGUGCACGGGCCGCGGGAGGGGCCGCAGCCCGGACCCGAGGGCGCGGCCGCUGUCGCCACGCUGCCCCGCGUCGAAGAGCGCCGCGACGGCAAGGACAGCGCCUCGCUCUUCGUAGUGGCGCGGAUCCUGGCGGACCUUAACCAACAAGCGCCGGCGCCCGCCCCCGCGGAGCGCAGAGAGGGCGCCGCGGCCCGGAAGGCGAGGACCCCCUGCCGCCUGCCGCCCGCGCCCCCACCCGCCCCCGAGCCCGCCUCCCCCGGCGCCGGUGGCGCGGCGGCCGCGCCCCUCAGCCCGGCGUGGAGCGAGCCCGAGCCCGAGCUCGAGCCCGAGGCGGGGCUGGAGCCGGAGCGAGAGCCGGGGCCCGCGGGGAGCGGCGAGCCCGGCCUCAGACAAAGGGGCCGGCGGGGUCGAAGUCGCGCCGACCUCGAGUCCCCGCAGAGAAAGCACAAGUGCCACUACGCGGGCUGCGAGAAAGUUUACGGGAAAUCCUCGCACCUCAAGGCGCACCUGAGAACUCACACAGGUCAGUGGGGCGGCCCGGGGCCAGUGCGAGUUGCCCGGCCACGCCCCCGGAGCCGCCGACGGGUAGCGAGGGGAGAUCGGGCCGGGAACGGUCGGGGCCUCGCCCCUUUCCCAGCCGCUUGGGGCUGCGGGCGACACCCCGUGCACCGCGCGAGGCGGGUCCCGGCGCUGGGAGCCGGCGCCCGCCCGGCGACCGCGCCCCCGCCGGGCACGCCCCCUCUCCGGGCGCGCUCGGGCGGGGCCGCGGGGGCGAUUGUCGUCAUCAGGGCCGGGGCCGGGGGCGGGGACCCCGCCCAGGCCGGGGGGCGCAAGGGCAG